AUGUCCGCUGAGAUUCAUGCAUUACAUGAUAACUCCACUUGGACUCUCGAACCUCUUCCUCCUGGUUUUUAUCGAUCUCAGGCAGAUAAUUCUUUAUUCACUCGUGUUACCCACACCAGCAUCACUCUUAUUCUUGCUUAUGUUGAUGACAUUUUGGUUACUGAAAAUGACAUUUCUCAAGUCAAAGUUUUCAAGAGAAUUCUCUUUACUCAUUUCAAAACAAAAGAUCUUGGCUCUCUGAAAUGUUUUCUUGGACUCAAAGUUGCCCACUCUCACAAAGGCAUCUUUCUCAAUCAGCCCAAAUAUGCCAUUGACAUAUUUUCUGACAGUGACCAACUUGGUGCUCGGACUGCCUCUUUUCUUGUUAAACAACAUUUGAAGCUCAAUAAUCAAUAUGGUAUUCUCCUCCCUAAUCCUUGCCUUUAUCGUCGCCUUAUCUAUCUAACCAUUACUCAACCUAACAUUGUUUAUGUAGUCAGCAUUCUCAAUUAG